AUGACUUCUUUGGAAAUCACCUGGACGCUGAAAUCGUAUUUCACCGCCGAUCAAGACUACGAUCCUAUGAAUAAGAGACAUCUGAAGUCCAUAUUUGAUCUUCUGUCACCGUCAAAGUUCCCUUCACUCCGUCGACUUCACAUCUAUGUUCAUGGUAUCGAGGCUUACGAGAAGGUUAUCUUCGAGCACUUGGAUUCACUUGUACAAUUUAGGCGCGAUCUACAAGAAUGUGCGUUUGCGCUUCCUCGUUGCUUCUUCAAAAGGAAAUACGCGGCUGCCAGAGGAGUGACCACGGAUGAAACGGAAGAAUCGAGACACUCCCUACAAGAUUACUCGUACCGACAAGUGUGGCGAGAUCUCCUUGGAGAUAUGACUGUCGUGCAGUUGCCGUACGUUGACAGCUAUCCCAGAGCUCCUUAUCACAUAACCGCGAGGGAUGAUCACGCUGCUGGAUAUUGGAUUCUUGAAGCACCUUACGACGAUCUGCCGGUUUAUCGCACUACCAGUCCUCCUCCUCCAUGUAUAUGUCUGAGAUCUAGUUCGCCACACAACCCUGUAUCACCACGCAGCGCUCGAUUAAGAAACAGUCAUAGGACAUGA